UUUUUCUUUACCCGCUGACCCACUUCUGCCCGUCAUCUCCUGGGUAACAGUUGCUGUGUUUUGGACCGUUGCUAGGUGUUGCUGCUUCUUAAGUGAAUAACCCUGUUUGUGUUUAAGAAUUCAGGAUGUCUCCUCGAACACCAGUAGCCCACUACUGCAAUGAAAGAGGAGAAAGCCGAAACAAUGACAGAAGUUGCUUUGAGCAGAAGUGUUGAGGUUCUUCCAUCUAUUAACAGUACUUCAUCACCGGGACACAAAAAGAGCCCGAUGGGCUCUCCGGUGAAGACAAUAGAUCCAAUCAAGGGAUCUCCAAAAAAGAGAAAGAUGCUGAGAUUUACAGGUGUUAACCGGAUGAAAGGUGACGUAUCGCCCACGAGAGCGUUGAAGCCCUUGCAAGCCGCAAGAAAGCAAACGAAUCGUAUUCUGGAACGGGCUGAUCAUUAUAAGACGGUGACACAUUCGAAGAAGGAACUAGCUCUUCUCUAUCAGCACAAAGUGAUUUGGGAGCAAGAGUACAUGCACCUGCAGUACAUGGAAGAUAGGCUACAAAGGGAGAUUUACAAUCAUUUAACCAUUUACGGACAGUUAGGGUCAGACGGUCAACUUCUUCUGGCCGAUAACAUUAACUUUAUUCUGGAAAUUGAAGAGGAAAAAGCUUUCUUCCGAGAAAAUGUUGUGGAUCCUCUUUGGUACAUAAGGGAAGAUCUGAAAGAAUGGGUUAGGCAACACGAAGGCCUUCGGCCUCUCUCUGAAUCGGCUAAAAUGCAGCACUACCAGAUACAGAGAGAAGUGAAAGAACUUUGGGCUGGCUACAAAGAAAUCACAGAAGACAUUCUCAAAGAACAAAGAGAUCUUGAACAGCAAGUCAAAGAAGCACUUCCUCCCUACAUAGCCGAAGACAAGAUGGUAGCGAAAGGUGUGCCUUCGGAAUUUCACGAGCUUUACUGUCCCGAUCCCCAGCUCAAAGAGAACUUGAUCGCCGAACUGACCAGGCUGGACGAUAGUUACGCCCUCAGACUUCGAGACCUGGAUAGAAACUGCGACAGACAGGCUUGUCCUGGUGGAUGGAAUGAUCAUGACUGCGCAGUGUUCGAACACAUCCUUGAACAAUAUCCCCCCGAUUUACCAGACAGAAGGGCUCUCGUCUUUGACAGGUUGAAGAGAACCUUUCCUCACAAGACACUUGGACAAUUGAUGUCGUAUGAGACCUGGUAUCAGAACAACCGAUUCCACAAGGACCGUCGAAAGAAAUGCUUGGACGAUUGGGCGAGAGAGAGAUGGAGUUGGCUGCUGCGGGCGGUGACAGAAAUUUCUCAGGCACAGCAAUCUCACCAACUCAACAGAGACGAAGCCCUUCGGCAGAAAUUCAAGUGCGAAGUACUUCGUCAGAGAGUGGAACAGUGGAGGAAAGAGAGAGAAAACGAACGACUGAGUCAAUCUGAGAUGGAGGCCCAAAAGAAGUUGGCGUUAAAAGUAGUGCAACAGCGCCAGGCCGCCAAAGAGGAAUAUCGACGAGAACUGGCAAGGCAGAGGCUGGCCGCCUACUACGAAGAAAGACUACGCUUCCAGAAAGAGAGUGAAGACGCACUUCAACGUCGAUUGGAAGAUGCUCGAAAAAUGACUAAAGAUCGUUCGAAACAUGACAAAGAGCGGGUUCGAUAUCGAACAGAACUCUUUUAUGCGAAUCAGAAGGAACGUCGAGAAAGAAUGCUCAAAUUGAGAGAAGAGGAGAAACACAGACAGCAGCGUCUUGAUCAGUUGCGAAAACAGGUGCCUGAAAACAAGACGAGGCUUGAGCAAGACACAGUUGCUUCACUGGCACGCAAGGAAUCCAAUUGCGAGGGAGAAGCAGUCAAGGCUUUGCAUGAACUACGCACAGUCCUCGAUGCUGAGGUUCACAGGGAUCCUAGAGUGCGACUGGAGCAGCAGCUGCGUGAUGCAGGACUUCUCCAUUCGGAAUAUGCGAGGCACGUCCUCUCUCAAUUGCACCCUCUACGUGAACCUCGAAGGGACACCCUCUCUUCCAAUAUCUUUCCUCCAGGAGAGGAUUCUUCUUCUUGAUGAAUGUUCAAAUUUAAUGACACUGUAUCAAUUAAAAAAUUUUUCCACA